AUGUUCGCAUUUUUAUUAUUUAUUGCAUUCACUACUGCAACCAACGUUAUUCCUGAUAUCGAACAAGAAUUAAAAGACGUUGGCCUUUACGAUUUGUUUUCAAAGAAAGAGUCUAUUCAUGAAAAUGACAUAGAAAAUGAAGAAGAUAAAAAAAGUAGUUCAAACAGUGAAUUAGAUGAAAAUUCUAAUAACCAACCAGAUGAAAGCUCAAAUAAUAAACCAGAUGAAAGCUCAAAUAAUAAACCAAAUGAAAGUUCUGAUAAUAAACCAAAUGAAAGUUCUGAUAAUAAACCAAAUGAAAGUUCUGAUAAUAAACCAAGUGAAAGUUCAAACAAUAAACCAAAUGAAAGCUCAAAUAAUAAACCAGAUGAAAGCUCAAAUAAUAAACCAGAUGAAAGCUCAAACAAUAAACCAAAUGAAAGUUCUGAUAAUAAACCAAAUGAAAGCUCAAAUAAUAAACCAGGAAGUAGUUCAGAUAAUUAUGAUAAUCUUGAUGCUGCAUCAAGUCCAUUCAUUGUUCUCUUUGCUAUUAUUGUGGUUAUCUUAUUCUAA